AUGACGGCCUCAGGUGGCAUUUCCCGCGGGGCUGCUGGAGUGCUGAGGGCUGCUGCGGAUGCUGGGAGAGACAAUUGCCUUGCAAAGCUUUUCUAUAAAAUAGAGGAGAAGCGUCCCUGCUUGGCUGGUGUUUCCCUGCAGGGAGAAGAGCCCGGGCCUGAGGCUGCUCGGCGUUGGAGUGACCCACUGCCGGUGUCACCUGCCCUGGGGACGGCCACCACCCUGCCCAGAGCCAGGAGCGUCCAGCUGAGGGAUCCAGGGGGCGCGGCUCCUGUUUCCAAGGAGUGGUCAUCAAAGUUUCACGGGCAGUUGCUGCUCUCCUGUAAAAGUCCCCAGGGUCGAGCCACUCAAUGCUGCGAGGGGCUCGGGGCCCCAAAGACACAAUCACAAUCCUGCCAGCAUCCCGCAGCCCCGGGUCCGCCGGAGGAGACGCGGGUGUCCCUGGCCAUCAGCAGAGCUUCCAAGGCACCCCCUGCAGGAGCGCCGGGAAAGAAAACAAACCCUAGACAGCCCCAGGCUUUCCCUGCUUUGUCCCACGUGGCAGCGUCCGGUUUGGGAAUUUUUGAGUUUGCUCUUUUUUACCCAUUUCCAUCCCGGGCAGGACCUUCCCCGAAUGGAAAUAAAGAUGAAAUAUUUUAACGGGAGUUGUAAAACCGGAAGUUCUGCCACGGGCGAGUGUGAGCGGCAGGGAAACGGAGGGAGAGGAAGGAGAGCAUCAGGUCCCAGCUGGCAGCUCUCAGGUGAGCCGCACCUUCCUGCGGCCCGAGCACGGGGACAGGGAGGGACGGAGAGGGAGCCGCUCAGGCUCCCAGAACAUCGGCGGCACCGGGAAAACGCCGCUGCCGCCGUUCUCCCAAUUCUCCCGGGCCUCGGGGAGGUCCCGGCCCGGCGCCGGCAGAGCCCGGAGCAGGAGAGGCAGCGCCGAGCACGGGGGGGGCGAGACCCUCAGCGGGGGAACGGGGACUCGGGGAAUCGGGAACCGGGAACGGGGAACCGGGAACGGAGGAACCGGGAACGGGGAACGCCCUCCCGCGGCGAUCCGGAACCGGUCCCGAUCCCGAUCCCCGCUUCGAUCCUCCGGCCGGGGGAGAGGCGGCAUCGCCCGGGAGCCCCGGCGGGAGCCGAGCCCCCCAUCCCAGCUCCGGCUGUGAGCUCCAGCACCCGCUCUCGGUCAGCCCCGUCCCGGCACCGCAGCAGGAGGGGGCACCGAGUCCAGGCUGGGCUUUGCCCGGUCCCGGCCCGGUCUCAGCCCCGAUCCGCCCUCGGUCCGCCAGCCCCGAGAGCCGCAGCCCGCCCGCCGGGGCAGAGGCAGCGCCGAGCGAGGGCCCCGAGCCACGGCCCCGGGACAGCGGAACCCCCGGGGGGCGGGGGGCCGAGAACGGGCGGGGACACGGGGGGAGAGCGGCACAGGUGUGCGGGGCGGGGCCGGGCUGCGGGGCCGAGCGCUGCCGGGGUCCGCCGGGGGUCCCGGGCGGUGCCGCCGCUCUCCCGGAGGGUGAAUCGAGACGGGACCGGGACCGGGACCGGGAUCGGGAUCGAUACCGGGAUCGAUAGCGGGAUGGGACCCCGCAGGGCGCCCCCUGGCGGACACGGAGCGCGGAGCGAGCGCGGCGC